UUCAGCCAUGACCUUGUUUUCUGGCCUUACAUGGUUGUGUGGCAGUGUCCUCCACGUAAAGGGGAGAGCUGGGCUUUUGGAGCUGCCUGAGACCCUGACUGCUUCUUCCCUGAACCCUGAGUGACACUCAGGACACAGAUAAGGGAAAUGGCAAAUUCCAUGCCACAGGUCCCCAGCCAAGCACGAAUGCUGAUGCUGCACCCUACAAGUGCAGCAUGAGGCCACCUGCCCUUUCCCUGGUGGGGAGCAGCCCCCAGAACCCAGUGGGAACCAGAAAAACAGGAAUUUAUUCCCAGCCGGGCAAGCUUGGUGCUUUUCCAGACCUGCUCCACCUCUGCUUGGAGAGUUUGGUUCCAUGGCAGCAUCUCCUAGCAACAGGGACACAGAGCCAGGGGGUUCCCUGCGGCUGGGGCUGCAUGGCAGCACCCGGCAGCGUCUCAGCUGCUUUUCAGGAGUACCUGCAGCACCUGGGGCUGCAGGACUUCCCCUGUGGCCUCGGCAGCUGGAACAAAUCCCGCUGCUAUGCCCACAGGAGCUCCCGGGCACAGCCAGCGGGGCUGGAGGAGGCUGUGCCACCAAGAGAGGAGACCCCUGAGGUGCUGCUGGAGCUGCUGAGAGACCAGCACAGCCCCUGGGCACUGCCCCCCGACUGCAGCCCCCAGGCCCAGCGCCUGAGGGAAGUGGUUGUGCUGGCCCCCGAGCUCCUCCAUGGCUCCAGAGUCUCCCAGCUUGUCAAGUCCCUGCGGAUACUUGACAAGGGGGUGGAGGAGGUGGAUGAGGGUCUGCUGCAGUUCCAGCAGCUGGAGGAGCUCAUCCUCAGUGCCAACCACAUCAGCAGAGUAACCUCAGCCCACCUGCCCAGGACUCUGAAGGUGCUGGAGCUCUGCUACAAUGAUGUGGGUGAUCUGCAGGACCUGUGUGCUCAGCCACCCCCGGAGCUCCAGCACUUGGGGCUGGGCUACAACCAGCUGUGUGGCCCUUCCCAGGAAAAGCACCUCACUGUGGAUUUCUGGCCAAACCUUGUCUCCCUUGACCUGAGCUUUAACAGCCUCACGGACCUGCUGGGGCUGGUCUCCCAGCUGUCCACCCUGCAGAACCUCCGCAUCCUGCUGCUCCAAGGGAAUCCGCUGGCCCUCAUCCCCGCUUACAGAGGCUUCCUCGUGGACAGCCUGCCCAAGCUGUCCAUCCUCGAUGACAUCUACAUAUGGCCUGAAGAGAGGCAGCAGUUCCAAGAGCUGGCAGGGCAGCCAGAGCUGAUCAGGAAUGAAGCACGACUGGUGGUGAGCAUUGGGGAGAUGAAGGGACUCCCUAAUCCUGAAGAUUUUCAGCAGCUGGGGCUUGCCUGCGAGGGUCCACUGAUCGCUUGCAGCUACUGUGUGACCUACCAGUUUGCAGAGGGAGAGGAGCUCGAGGACAGGGGCAGUCCUGAGGGAACAGAAAUCCACCAGAGUCCCACAGUGGCCACCCUGGAUGUGGACAGCUCUGCUCAGGACACAGAAGAAACAAAGAGCCAUCAGGAGCCUGCAGCCACAGAGGAGCCCAAGGCCCACUCUGGUAAUGAGGAAUUAUAGAUCUUCUGUUCCAUGUCUCAGGCAAAGGUUUUUGCCACCCCUGCACAGCCCUGGUCGGACACUAUUGACUACAGCUACAGGAAGGAGCACAUUGCCAAGGACUUGGUGGGGCUGAAGUCCUACCUGGAGGCUGGAACCAUUGUGUCAGUUAUGGAGGAGAAGGUGCUCUCGUGGCCUGUGGAUCCAGAAGAAAACUCUGUCACAAAUAAGGAAGGACAGGAGCUGAAGAAGAAUGGUCAGAAAAAGAAGAAGAAGAAGAAGUCAUGUGAAUACCGCAGUGACCCUCCCAUUUGGAGCACCCUGGCCACCACGAGGGUGACCUUGGAGACCCUGCUGGCCACUGAGAGCCUAGUGGCAACUGUGUGUGACUUUGGGAUCCUGAUCCCUGAAAAACCACCAGUUCUGGACGAGAAGGAGGCAAAAAAAGGCAAAGACAAGAGCAAAAAACCCAAAGGAGAGAAAGGAGACCAGAAAACCGCGGCUUCCAAAGGAAAAGGAAAAAACAAAGACGCUGCUGAAGUGGAGGAGGAUCAAGAGCCCCAGCCAGUGCCGCUGACAGUUCAAUUCCAGAUGCAGCUGCUUCGAUGGCCCUUGGCAGCCAGCACCCAGAGCCAGGAGAACGUGGCCAUGGCAGUGGGGAGGACUCAGUGA